AUGGAAACAUCAAUACCAAAAAAGGAGGAAGUAAAGUACAAUCCUCGACAAGUAUACAUAAGAGAAGAUAUGAUUGCUGCUACCAGCGUGCUACAAAUUAGGGCUAGUGAGAUUAGACAAAGCCAAAUUAAUUGGCAAUCUUAUCUGCAGUCACAGAUGAUCACACAGCGUGAUCAUGACUUCAUUGUUAACUUGGAUCAACGUGGCCAAAAGGAUUUGCCAGACAAGAACCCAGAAGGUUGUGCUGAUGUCUUCUUAAACCUAAUAACUCACAUCAGUAAAGAUAACACCAUUCAGUAUGUGCUUGUACUGAUUGAUGACAUUUUAUCUGAAGACAAGUCUAGAGUGAAGAUCUUCCGUAAUUCAAGACAUGGUAAUGCCUGGCAACCAUUCUUGAACCUGCUGAAUCGUCAGGAUGAGUUUGUGCAGCAUAUGACCGCACGCAUCAUUGCAAAGUUAGCAUGCUGGCACCCUCAGCUCAUGGAGAAAAGUGACUUGCACUUCUAUCUUUCCUGGUUGAAGGACCAACUCAAGUCUAAUGCGGAGAAUAUGUCUGCCGAGUUAGCGCAUGCUGAGCAGGUUAUGUUGGAGCACGAAAAGCAAAAUUUCUCCGAUAAACACAAUAAGCACAAGGAGAAGAUUGACAAGGCCGACAGUGAAAAGUAUUCGAGCCUAUACAGCUCUUUUGAUGUUCUGAAACCGCAUGAGGAUUUGCUCCAUGGCAUCCACAAGAACAACGAUUACAUUCAAUCGGUGGCGCGCUGUCUCCAAAUGAUGCUUCGUGUGGAUGAAUACCGUUUCGCUUUCCUCUCGGUAGAUGGCAUCUCUACUUUGCUCUCCAUUUUGGCUUCCCGCGUUAACUUCCAGGUUCAAUACCAACUUGUAUUCUGCCUCUGGGUUUUGACAUUCAACCCACUUCUUGCUGAGAAGAUGAACAAGUUCAAUGCCAUUCCGAUCUUGGCUGAUAUCUUGAGCGACUCGGUGAAGGAGAAAGUCACCCGUAUCGUUUUGGCCGUCUUCAGAAACCUGAUUGAGAAGCCCGAGGAUCACCAGGUGGCUAAAGAGCACUGCAUCGCAAUGGUGCAAUGCAAGGUGCUGAAGCAGCUGUUCAUCCUGGAGCAGAAGAGGUCUGACGAUGAAGACAUCAUGUGCGAUGUGGAGUUCCUUAACCAGCGGCUCCAGGCCUCCGUUCAGGACCUUAGCUCCUUCGAUCAGUAUGCUACAGAAAUCAAGAGUGGCCGUCUGGAAUGGUCUCCGGUGCACAAGUCUGCCAAGUUCUGGCGCGAGAACGCAGCGCGGCUGAACGAGCGCGGCCAGGAGCUGCUCCGCACCCUGGUGCAUCUCUUGGAGAAGAGCCGGGACCCAGUGGUGCUCGCCGUGGCAUGUUACGAUGUGGGAGAAUACGUGCGACACUAUCCCAGGGGAAAACAUGUCUUGGAACAACUUGGAGGCAAACAGCGUGUGAUGUUUCUCCUGAGUCACGAAGAUCCCAAUGUCCGCUAUGAAGCUCUGCUCGCUGUACAGAAACUGAUGGUGCACAACUGGGAAUACCUUGGCAAGCAAUUGGAGAAAGAACAGAUCGACAAGCAAGCCGGCGGCACUGCGGUUGGAGCUAAAUCUUAA